AUGAACGGGCUCAACGCGCCUGGCCGCUCAGAGCCGCCCCCCCUUGGCGCCCUGCAGGAGCUGAGCCACUCCACUGUCGUUGCCUCCCGCACCACUCAGCCCCUACCUAGUCGAACCUCGUCUUCCCAUCAACCCGACGCACGUCUGCCUCAUCUGCAGACUACCUCCCCAACUUUACCCCAGAACACAGCGCACCAGCUCGAGACACAGAGUCGGCCUUCCGACCACGCAGCCAUGUGCUCUUCGGACAUCUUCCUCGGCUUCCUCGCCAUCCUCUUCCCUCCUCUGCCCGUAUGGGUCAAAUGUGGUAUCUGCUCGGCCGACUCCAUCAUCAACAUACUCCUCUGCGUCCUCGGCUUCCUUCCCGGCCUCUUACACGCCUGGUACAUCAUCGCCAAGUUCCCCGAUGACCACGACUACCAGCGCGUGCCCCAGGACGCCGAGGGCGGCCGGGUCACGUACGUGAUCGUACAGGAGGACGGCCGCCGCGAGCGGAGGCAGCAGCAGGGACCGCGGGGCCAGAAGCAACCUAAGCCGCAGGGCGGCAUGAACUACGGGACCGCGCAGAAUAACGGCAACGCGCCUUCGUCGUCCUCUUCCACGGCGGCGCAGGCCGGGAGCAGCAACGGCGAGAGGCACGAGCCGGCGCCGCCCACGUAUGCCGAGGCCGUCAAGGGCGACAACAAGGUCCAGACGUCGGACUAG